AUGGCAAACCAGGGCUACGAUGUGGUAGUCGACGUGGACGCCGAGGGCGACCUCGGCCACACCGACCUUCAGGAGGACCUUGAAUUCCACCGUUCGAACUUCGAGAACGACCCGCGCACCGCCAAAAUCCAACAAGACUCGACCCCAUUCCUAGGCGGCAGCGGAGGCGACCAUAGCACCUCGCGCAGCGGCGGCCGGCGGGACCGGUCACCGGGGGGCACGCCGACGAAGCACACGUGGUGGACGAUCCACUACUACGCGCAGUUCUUCGACGUGGACACGAACGAGGUGCUGCGGCGGUGCGUGGCGACGUUGUACCCGCGUAACAACUUCCUGGACGUGCUGGAGGGGAACCCGGACCUGUACGGGCCGUUCUGGAUCGCGACGACGGUGGUGGUGAUCUUGUUCCUGACGGGCACGAUCUCGCAAUGGCUGAGCAACAACGACGACGCGCACUUCGCCUACGACUUCACGCUGCUGUCCGGCGCCGCGGGCCUGGUGUACGGGUACACGGGCGUCCUCCCCGUCGCGCUCUGGGGCGCGCUCCGCUGGUUCGGCAGCUCCAGCGCCGACCUGGUCGAGUCGUGGGCGCUCUACGGCUACUCCAACCUCGUCUGGAUCGCCGUCGCCCUCGUCAGCUGGAGCCCCCUCACCGCCCUGAACUGGGCCCUCGUCGGCGUCGGCUUUGGCUGGUCCGUCUUCUUCCUCCUGCGCAACCUUUACCCCGUGCUCAGCGCCACCGACGCCAAGGCCAGCAGGAUCCUGCUGAUCUUGGUCGUCCUGCUGCAUGCCGGCUUUGCCUUGGCGAUCAAGAUCUUGUUUUUUGCUCACGGAAGCCCGGUCUCGAAGAAGAACAAGAGCGACGGCGAUGAUAACAAUGAUGGCAAGGCGCAAAUGCUCAUGUUCUAG